AUCCUUUUUUUGUUUUAGUUACUUACAUGCCUACAGUUUUAGAAGACGUUGGAGAAGUUGCAGCCGCCUGAACACUUGCCAAAAGCAACGCACCCUUGUUGCUCGCCUCCCCUCACACUUUCGCCAACGUCUGUCAGACAUCUGCAAAACAUUUGCGCUCUCUGAGAUAAGAGCUUGCAGCGGCUUGCAAAACAAAGCCGUCUUGGUCUGACCAGCCACGCAGGAAGUUGAACAGACGGAUUUCUUCCCAAAGACCACCAUGGAACGCGUGCCAGGUAUUUGCUUGGUGCUCUGCCUUCUCUUGCUGACACACUGCACACACCAGCAGACACCAGAAAAGAAAAAAACUCCCCAAAAAGAUUCUACCAAUGCUGCCAUCGAGGAAAUAAAGAAACAGAUUAAUGACAUCAUCAACGACCUCAAUUUAUUAAAAGAGCAACAAUCUCUGCAGUCGAUGUGUCUGCGUGGAACCAAGGUCCUCGGCAAGUGUUUCCUGGCCGAGCCGGUCAAGAGGACGUUCCAUGCGGCCAGCGACGACUGCAUCGCCAAGGGGGGCAGUCUGAGCACCCCUCUAACGGGGGACCAGAACGAUCAGCUCUACGCCUACGUGCGCCAGAGCAUCGGCCAGGAGGAGCCCAUCUGGCUGGGCAUCAACGACAUGGUGACCGAAGGCCAGUGGUUGGACAUGUCAGGUUCCAACCUACGCUUCAAGAACUGGGAGACGACGAUCACUACGCAGCCGGACGGGGGGCGCGGCCAGAACUGCGGCACUCUGUCCACCACGGCCAACGGGAAGUGGUUUGAUGAAAGCUGUCGCGCUGAGAAGGCUUCGGUGUGUGAGUUCAACAUUGUGUGACCGCCUCAGCCUGGAAGACAUCUUGCACUUCCUUGAUAGGCUCUUUUCACACUAUUGCACAUUCACUCUUAAAGCAGGGAAAUACAUGUACAGUAAAAGGUGGCCGCUUGAUUUGUCCAGCAAGAUGUUCUCUUAUUCACUUCUUUUUUUGCAUGACUACCACAAAUAAACCAAUUCAUGUAGCAUUUUUUUUCUGCAAAGCAACAUCUCCUCUGAGGCUCUUCAUUCUUUUUCUAUUUCCCAUAUAUUCAUUGAAUGAAAGACAGGAAUCAUCAAAUACAUAAACAACCGUGUAGUCAACUGCUAGUCUGCACCAUGAUGAAGCAGAAUGAGUCCAACGCCAGGCAAGGAUGUUAAAAUAUUAUCUAAACGGAAAAGAUGUAUCCAUGAAAAUAUGGAGAAGCUGCUGAUGGUGUGUUUGACUAAUAAACAGCUAGA